CCACCCUGCCUCUCGACUACAGUUUUAUCAGGCAGAAAACUUCCUGAAUGAGGUACUAACCACAACAACAGGGGCAGAGUUGCCUGUAGGACAAAACGACGGAACCAUUUGUCGGUCGUUGUUGUUACAUAUUUUUUGUUACCGCUGUUUUAUCACCAGGCUCGCGACACAGCUAGCGACAUAGCUCUCGUUAGCUAAGGACGGAGUCGAUCACCUGCUCUAAGCUGCUAAUCUCAUGUUAGCACGCUCCCUUUAGGUAUUGCUCACUUAUCCACCUCCUUGACAUCGGCACUCUGCCUUUCCUCGACUCACUGGCACCUGUCUCACCGCAGGUCCUUGUCUGCUCCCAUUCUGUCAGUCUCCGUGAGUGAUUGAAUGCGGCGAGACUGGCAUCAGUAGACAAGCACACACACAGAGGGCCAUUGAUUGGUCAAGGAUGACCAUGGAUGACAUGAAGAAUGAAGCCGACACCACCUCACUAGUCUCCAUGGCUCUCUACACUGUGAUGUAUCCCGUCUUUAACCAGUUGGAGCAAGUCAACUUAUCGGCAGCGCAGACCUUGAGAGCAGCUUUUAUAAAGGCAGAGAAGGAGAACCCAGGCCUGACCCAGGACAUUGUUGUCAAAAUACUGGAGAAGAAGAACUUAAAAAUCAACUAUAGUGAGUCUCUACUUCGCAUGGCUGCGGACGAUGUGCAAGAGUUCAUGAUUGAUAGACGAGAGCCAGAGUUCCAGGAGCUGAACGAGAGGGCCCGAGCUCUGAGACACAUCCUCAGCACCAUACCAGAUGAGAUCAAUGACAGAGUAGGCUUCCUACAGACCAUCAAAGACAUUGCCAGUGCCAUAAAGGAGCUGCUAGACACAGUUAAUACUGUCUUCAGGAAAUACCAGUAUCAGAACAGACGGGCACUGGAACAGCAGAAGAAAGAGUUUGUGAAAUACUCCAAGAGCUUCAGCGACACUCUCAAAACAUACUUCAAAGACGGAAAAGUGAUAAACGUGUUUGUCAGCGCCAACCGGCUCAUCCACCAAACCAACAUGAUACUGCAGGCCUUCAAGACGGUGGUGUAGCAGCCUGAGAAGACACACACACCGACAGACAUUUUUAUUUGAGAAAAGGUGAUAUGAGCCUGUGUAAUUUGUAAAGACAUUGUAUUAUUUUGGGCUGUAUAAUUUAUAAUUCUGUAGCUUUGAGGGUAGAUCAGGUAGUUUGAGGUUCAAAGCAAAUCAGGUUGACAGUAAUUGCCAGGGAUUUUUAACUCUCUUUUAUGUUGUUCUUUUAUCAGAUUCUUAAGUCAAUAUUCCUCUAUAUAUUUCUCUCUCUGUUCAGUACUGUGUAGGACUAAAAAAGUAUAGGGGAAUGUGAUCAUUUUUCAUGUCCUCAAAAGUUUGGCAAUUGCAAAAGUCUUAAAAAGUUACAAUAAAAACAAGUGGCAUUCAGUUUCCAAACACAUUCCCACAUUUUUGGGGUUUUCACUUCAUUUCAUUGUCAUUUCUGGUUGUAAAAACACACACAGUGGUGUCUUCUACUUGGUACUAAUAUCUUGCCACUAUCAGCAUCCAUCAUUCUCAAUUUAAAUCUGUUAUGUUCAGAUCCUGUCAAGAAGUCAAGGUCUGGAGAAAUGUUUGGGAAUUUGAAAUGGAGGCUGUGUUUGCUGUUUGCUGUCUGCUAGAGUGCGCUGCUUCAUCCAGUGCAUCAUAAACACAACCCAUCCAGGUGAGCAGUAACUCACCUGCUGUGCAGUCUGUCUUUUCACUUUAGUUACAGAAGUGUAUGUGAAGUCUUCACAUUCCCUGUAUACUAACAAUAGAUAACCCAGUAUAUAAGGAAUACAUGGCUUGAUCCAAGAGUUAUUUGGGAUGAGUUUAUGUACUGGGAUUGUGUGUGUACCCUGUCAGUUGUUUUUCCUGUAGGUCAGGGUUUGCAAAAAAAAGUUUAAGAAGUUUAUAGACUUUUUUUCUUAAUUAUCUUGUGACCCUUCAGAAGGUGUACUGUAUGUAUUUAGACCAACAUUCGCCUUGAAACGCUGGAUUUAUUGAUUGCUAUAGUAUUGCUGAUAGUAUUGAUUGCUGUUGUUGUAAAAGAUCUACAUACAGUAGAAUGCAUGGUGUUACACAAAGCUGUCACAGUUUUUGAUCCGACUAGACAUUUCAGAAAUCACUGAGCAGCUUUUAUUAUAGACACCAGUUGCACCAUUAUCUCACACAGGAAGGUGCUGGGGCACAGCUACAACUGUACACACACCCCAGUGUUCGAGUUAGUCCCACUUCUAGUCUACAUUAGGAGGUGGUUAAAUGUCACUUUAAUAGGUUUGUUUUAGGGACAGAGGGUACAGCACGAGAAGUUACACAACUUCACCACAAAAACUCCACUGAACAUCUCAGACUGCCUAAAUGUAAUAAGACAAUUAUUUCCAGACAAAUAGACAUGAUUAUAGAUGAACACAAUGUUAAAUUGAUAUUUAACAACUUAUUUUUAUUUUAAUCCAUGUGUCAAGGAAUUUGAAGCAGCAAAAUUGGAAUAAGUCAUUAUUUUACACAAAUAUAUUUGACUGAAUGUAUCAUUUUACUUUUCUGUUGUCACUCUCUUUCUGAUACUUUAAUGUGCGAUAGCCAUGGCAGCGUUCCAUCAGCCAAAUGUUAUUAAAAUAGAAACCUGAAAUUCAAAACAACCAUUAAACAAAAAGUAAUGAGACCUGAAAUUCAAAACGACUAUUAAACCAGAGUCAUAAAGAGUGUGUUGAACAAUCACAUUUCUUUUUUCAUUGCAAAUAAAAGAGUUCCAAUAUUUGA